AUGGCGACUCAAUCAUCGGAGCCUCCUCCUCCUCCUUCAAAUCCUGUCGAUCAAAAUCCAGGGAAUGUACAGCCAACAAAUGGGAAUCAGCAAGAUGCUGGGGUAGAGGCUGUCAAACAAAGUUCUGCAUCUGUCUUUGUGAACUCAGAACCGCUGCGAGAGGAGCAAGUGCAGAAUGCUGUAAAAUUUCUUUCACACCCAAAAGUUAUGGGUUCUCCAGUUAUGUAUAGAAGAUCGUUUCUUGAGAAGAAGGGCCUCACAAAGGAAGAGAUAGAUGAAGCUUUUCGUCGUGUGCCGGACCCAACUCCAAGCAUUCAGGCAACCAAUUCUAAUCAAGAGGGGCAGGUGAAAUCAACACCAAAUGUUCAGCCAUCAAGCCCAGCACAAACCCUGCAGCCUGUAGCAGCUGCUCCUACUGGUGUCAUUUCUUCAGUGGGGACUUGGACUCAACCUCGGUUUCACUGGUAUCAUGCUGUUUAUGCUGUAGGGCUACUGGCAGUUUCAGGUGCUGGAACAGCUGUGUUAGUUAAGAAAUCUAUUAUCCCCAGGCUGAAGUCUUGGAUACGUAAGGUUGUGUUGGAAGAAGAAGAUGACAGUGUGAAGAAAACUAAUACAAAGCCAAGUUUGUCAGAAGAAGCAGCGGCAGCUGCCAGAUCAGCAGCAGCUGCUGCUGCUGAUGUUGCAAGAGCGAGCCAGGAAAUGUUGAAUUCCAAAAAUGAAGAGAAGAGAUACAUCAAGGAAUUUAUGAAUAUGUUAGAUGUACAAGUACAGGAAAUGAAGUCAAUGAGUACUGCCAUACAUAGAUUGGAAGGACGAACGGAUAACCAUGUGAGAAACUCUCUUGCUGAUCAAGAAGAUUAUAGAACCUCAGUCUCAAAUCCAAAGCAAACAUAUACAAAUGGAAAGGCAGAGAUUGAUUUGCGUGCAGGGAGAUCUUCGUCACAGCCCACAUCUGCUGAACCCUCUGUUGCACCACACCCAAAGUCAUAUAUGGAGAUUCAAUUUGGCAAUGCUGAUGAAUUUAGUAGCAUCAUGGAGAUGGUCCAGAGAGGAGAGAAACCUGCCAAUAUCAGAGAUAUCAAUGAUCAACCACCCAACCCUAAUCAGCAAAUUUCAAAUCCUCGCAUAGCACCUAGAACUAAGCCCUGGGAGGUUGGUCAAGCUCAAAACAACUCAAGCCCAGUGCUUCAGUCUCAAGUGAGUGGAGAAGGUUUGAACUCCAAUGUACAAGGCAAUGGUAUCAAUCAAUUAGAUGGCGAGAGCAAUGCACCCUGGUGGCAGCAGAAAAAUGCCAGAAUCACAGAGAUAGAAAACGGCGAUGAAAUAAAGGCUGGACCUUUUGGUGGACAAACCAGCCAGCAGCCAGUUAGGCGCACAUGGGUCCCUCCUCAGCCACCUCCUGUCGUGAUGCCCGAAGCUGCUGAAGCCAUCAGACGACCGAAACAAUUAGUUCAGAAGGAACAAUCGGAAGAUGAUCAAUCUGCACCUCAGCCAACAGAAAUAGCUGAUGAGCUACAGAGGAUAACAAAAAUAUCAGAAUCAGGAGGCGCAGUGGAGAUUAAUGGUGGGGGGUCAGUGCUGAACUCAAGUGAGAUACAGGAGGAGCAAGAACAAAUCCUUGAAGGGAACUAA